UUCUAUAUCUAUUUAUUUAUUUACUCCCUCUCCCUCUCCCUCUCCCUCUCCCUUUCAUACUGUCCCUACUAGCCGACCCCUUUAGUCCAGUCCGCCAUUAACAUAGCUGCUGCUGUACACAGUUAUAUCAGAUAUUUAGAUCAUUACGUUUUAGAGAUAAAGUUAGAAGAGUUUUUUCUGUUUUGUAAUGGAUAAAAUCUGUCAUUCUUCAGGUGACUCUACCACCACCACUAGUAACUUUAGCAGCUCCAUUACCAACAACAGAGAUCUUUAUCUCAAGCAACUUAAUAAGCUUUCUCACAAGAUCUCUAAACCCAACACAAACACCACCACCAACGCCGCUAUUACUACUAACAAUCCCAUCGUCAAGAAACCGACUCCCACUUUUGACCAGAAUCAAAAUCAACCUCCUCAACCCCAGCAUCAGCAGAAUCUUCAGCAUCAACAUCAGCAUCAACCACCGGUCUACAAUAUCAACAAGAACGAUUUCAGAGAUGUGGUCCAGAAACUCACCGGCUCUCCAGCUCACGAGCGCUUUUCAACUCCUCCGCCUAUACACCAACCUAAGCCUCCCAGUUCUCGUCUCCAGCGCAUCCGUCCCCCACCCCUUGUGCACGUUAGCAACCGACCCCCUCCUAUGCUACCAUGCGCCCCCCCUCCAAUUCCACCACCCAACCCCACUGCAACCACCAACAACACCAGCAAUAACAACUUCAUCCCACGGUCAACGGCUCCUUUAUCGCCUCUCCCGCCUUUUCCGGCGGUGCACGCAGCGGCUGAAUCUCCCGUUACGGCCUACAUGCGGUACCUAAAGAACUCGAUCUCGACAGCCGAUCCGAACUCCAAGCCGCAAUUCUCGGGAUUCUCUCCUCUGGCUCCGUUAGUUUCGCCCCGAUGGAACAACUUAACUGAUACGUCUCAGCAGCAGGGGAUCAUUCCCCCGCCGACAGCGCAAGCACAGCCACAGUUUCAACUGCCAACUUCACCGUUGGCAUUCGGUUGCUUGAAUUCACCGCGGUCACCUUACCCUUUUUCUCCUAGCCUGUUGCUUUCACCCACGUCUGGUCAGUUAAAUUUUCCGCUUUCACCGACGGUGCCGGUUCCUAGUCCUACAGGGAGAGGCCUUUAAGGAAAAAAAAAAAAAAA